AUGUCUUUCAUCAAGAUUAUCGCCCUUUUCUCACUUUGUGCUGCCUUAUUGUUGGUCCAGAGGUGGCGUACCUGGUUUGGAGGCCAGGCCAACCGCGUCACCCCCUUGGAUGCAAAUCAGAGAUCGAGACUCGAGGCCAAAUUGGCAGAACGAGUCGCGCUAUACAAAGAGAUGUACUACAAAGUACAAAACCUCGAAGAGUUCCCAGAGAUUCUACCAGCCGCAAAGGAGAUGCUUCUGCAACUUUUGGAACACGGGUUUUCAAUGGCGAGGUACAAGCCGCCGACCCGCAGUAUUCUAGACUUGAAGGAGUACGACCCGGCAGCGCUGGACAAGUUUCUCGAGGCCGAACGUCAAGAGGUCUCGGAUGCAUUCGAGUCGUAUGUCAGGCGAAGAUCAGCUGGAUCCCCUCGAGAGCUGUUCAAUACCAAAGAGGACGCAAUCCAAUGGCUCAAGCGCCUUGCCCCCUUGAAUUUUAUCGAUGGAGCUUGGCUAUGCCGUGUUCACAAAAUCACGACACCAUUUGUGCUCAGAGACAUCACCAAGAAUGCAUGGCAGGUGUUUUCAGAGGAACUAGGCGAUGGAGAUGUUGAGAAAAACCAUGUCUUGAUUUAUAGAGAUUUGCUGAGAAAGCAUGGCGUUGAUCUCCCAGCAAGCGACUCGAUCGAUUUCAUCCAGGACCGCCAUGGACUGAACGAUGAGCAAGUGUGGAGGAAUUCAAUUGGGCAAUUGCUCAUUUCCCUCUUCCCCAACGAGUUUCUGCCCGAGAUCCUGGGUCUAAACUUACAUUUCGAGGCAUUGGCCCCUACAGGGUUGAAAGCAACCAAAGAGUUCCCAGAAGUUGGCAUUUCGGCGUAUUACUUUGCCCUGCAUAUAUCGAUCGACAAUGCUGACUCGGGCCACUCGGGUAUGGCACUGGCCAACAUUGUCGCUUUCAUGGAUCUCAUGCGCAAGACUGGCAUGAUGGGCUGCGACCAGGCGUGGAAGCGUAUCCAGGCCGGAUAUUUGCUUUCGCAAAGCCUUGACGAGAGUGAGACGCCGGAUGUGUAUGAAGAGAGAUUGAUCCAGAUACUCCAUCGCAAGGCCAAUCUUGCACGCAAGAUCCACUGCACCAGUCGAGCCCGCAUCGGUGGGAAAAGCUUAUCAGAAUGGUUCUCGGCGCCCUUUUCUGCCAACGAGAAAGGGGACGAGUGGAAAUACGUGUUUCUACACGCCUUGGCUGACUCAAAACCGUGGGUGUACAGAGGCAAUAGCGGCAAGAGCCUGCUUAUGAAAGAACUCUCCUGGACUGGUCGGAUGUUUGGCGCGUUCACCGAUAGCGAGGUCGAACUUUUGCGCACCUGGAUCGAUUCUCUCCAGGAAAAGGAUGCUCGUCCAGGAGACUCUUACUGGAAAACGGUUGGAGGGCACUCCCUUUUGGAAAACUCAUUUCUCCCUCCGCGGCAGGAUGUGGCUGUUACCCAUCCAGUCUUUUCCCCCCCGCAGGCAUGCCCUCCCAGCGACUCACACGACUUUGUUCCGUCGUCCGCCUUGCAGAUCUCUCAGAUCAGACUUGAUGCCAUCCUUCCGCUAUGGUUCGUGCAUCCUUGCGUAUUGGAGAACAUGGUAGCAUCACCGUAUCAGACGGCCACACCGUUGACAGCUAAGAUCCUCCAAAUUAUUCGUGCCGAGAUGGGUUACAGCCCAGAGAAUACGGGCAUUGCGGGUAUGGAUGAGCAGCUAUGCCGUGGAUACCGCCCAGAUCUCAUCACCCUUGGAUGCGAAAUGGCUCGUCGACACAACUUGCCUGAGCCAACGUGUCUAGGCGACAUUAUUGGGCCUUUGAAUGAGGACUCGCCCGCUGUCACGAAGUUUGCACACUCUUUGCUCAACUGGUCCAUGCGGCCGCAGAAGAACGGGGCAUUCCUGCUAGGUCUGGCUCGCGCUUUUCUCGACAUGGAGGUGUUGGUGGCUGCGGACGAAUCGCUGCUGGCUAAAGGGGACAGAAGUUACCUGUGCGAAGUCAUUGAGCGAAAGAGGGUAGGAUUUGAGGCUUGUUUGGCAGAGCUCAGCUCAGAUCCCGUCAAGUCGUGUGAUUUUGUAGGCGGUUACGAGUAUGGACGGGUGGAGAUUGAAAAGAUAUUGGCAUGA